UUUUUUUAGUCACAAUCUAUACUUCUAACGGUUCGCAUGUUGCUUUGUCACGCUCGUCGCGAAAAUAAAGGCACACAGGCCAUUCUAGUGAAUAGUAAAUGUGUCGUCUAACUAAAGUUGCAAGUGCAAUAUUCACGUAAAACGAAAGUUGAAAGCGCUAAAUUCGUACAUAUUCUCAUGUAAAUAAAUGUGUUGGUGUGAAAAUAAAGCAGCACGAGAGGCAGGCGGUGUGUAAUGAGAGCAAUGGCAGUGCGAGACACCUCAACAAAUUGCGAUAAUGGCAACUAAAAAGUGCAAAAUUUGCAUAAAGUGAUAAAGUUGGCAAUUUGUGUGUGCCAAAAGCAAAAUGUCAUACUAGAAUGAGCCGAGCAAAUUACGAAAAAUGUGAAUUGAACGCGCGCAUAUUUGUGCUUGGGUUCAUGCUUAAGCAUUUUGUCGCCUGGCCUUUUGCUUUUCACGCCGCCAGCCUUUCCCUCGCCGCUGUGCUUCUCGAAUACCACAACUUAUUAUAUGCGAUAAUUAAAUACUUUUUUAUUACAAAGUGAUUAUUAAUAACAAAUGUGCACAACAACUUAAUACAAGCACUUAAGUACACAUAAGCGGACGAACCUACAUACAAUUAUGUUUAUUAUACAGUUAAGUGUGUACUUACCAAAGGACAUCAUCGAGUGAAAUUAAUUGUUGCUCCUCAACAAGCAAAUGUAGCAGGACUAAUUUAUUCACAAAUUUGUUAUUGUGCCACAACACAAGCACAUGCAUACAAUCACCCACACAAAUACAUGCAUAUACAAGUGCAUGUUUCAUGAACAUGUGCGUAAGUGCGUCAAAAGUAGUGUUAUGUAUUAAUUAUACGCACAUGUGCUAGUGGGAAAGGUGUGUCAGUGUACGUGUGGGUCUGUAAGGCAGCAAAAGCGAGCAGAAAAAUGAGUUGUGAACAACAUCAUCAGCAGCAACGGCAUAUACAUCAUCAGCAACAACAUCAACAACAGCAUCAUCCUCAUGAACAUUAUCAGAGUCGACCGUAUCAGUGCAGACAACAACAGUUACAAAAGCCAAAAUGCGCACAUCAACAGUAUAGUCAAUACCAAGAACAUCAUCAGCAACACCUCAGUUGUUACACACAACAGGCACAUCACCAAUAUCAGCUAUGGUUUAUUAUCUCUGCGAUAUUGUUCUUAAUCGACAUAUCCAACUCGCUCACGAUGACGGAAGUGAAAAUACCCAAUCACAUAAUGCGAUUCAAAAGCGCGGUACUCGGCUGCCGCUACAAUUUGGACGGCGAGUCAUUGUACUCGGUGAAAUGGUACAAGGAUGGGCAUGAGUUUUACCGUUAUGUGCCGCGCGAUAAGCCGCCAGGACAAGCAUUUCCAUUGCCCGGUGUCAAUGUGGAUGUUCGCAAUUCAACAGAUACAAAAGUGACACUGCGGCGCGUCACACUGAUGUCGACAGGAGUCUACAAAUGCGAAGUUUCCGGUGAAGCACCAGCAUUCAACACAGUUUCCGAAUCCGAGACGAUGACCGUUGUCAUGACACCCAACCAUGGUCCAAAAGUCACCGGUGGUCGCCUGAGCUACCAAAUAGGGGAUGUUAUUCGCAUGAACUGCACCUCUGGACCAUCCAAACCAGUCUGUCAUCUCAGCUGGUUCAUCAAUGGUGAACCGGCAAAUCGAUCAUAUCUCAAACAAUAUGAGAAAUAUGUGGUCGGCCGUGAGGGGCUCGAAAUGGCGCGGCUAGGAUUGGAAUUCCGUGUGAAGGGUAUCCAUUUUCAAGAUGGCGAAAUAAAAAUGAAAUGCGUGGCCAAAAUCUCCUCCCUGUACUUUCAAAGCAAUGAGGCAAGUGUGCAAAGUGAUCGACAGCAUCGUGCACCGGCGCUGGAAUCACGUGAAACAAUUGCAGCCAAAUCGCGUGCACAUGGUUCCUCCUCGGCAAAGCCACGUUCUCACACCACAUUGCAACAAUUACGUCUGGCAACACUACUGAGCUUAUUAACGGCAUUUUGUACUUCAAGCUACAGCAUAUCUUUAAGAUAACUAAUUUAAAUUAAUUUCUUAGUACACUGUGUAGGUGACAGUAACACCUGGAAAGAUAUAACAGCGUUGUCUUUAAUAACAACGGUAAAAAUAAAUUAAAAAGGACACAUAUCCUAUGCCAAAUUAAAAAUCCUGCAUUUAGUUGUUAGACUUAGAAUUAUGCAUAAACUCAACAAGAAAUGAAAAUCUUAUUUGUAAAUAAACAGAAACUUAAACUUAAUGAAAAUUUAUAUAUAAUUAAUUUAGUAAUUAGUUUAUGAAUAGAAAAUUAUUUAAAUAAUUUUGCAAAAAUAAUGAAAACAUUUGUUAAAGUUAGAUUUACGAUAUUUGUAUACAAAAGAGAGUGUAUACACUUUUUCUCAUAAAAGAAACUUGGAAACUUAUCAAUAUGUAAGUACGAUAUAUCUACUAAAGUAAAGUAAAGCACAGACCUUUACUAACAGAAACACGCAGUAUUGAGAGGCAUGAACAAUUUGAAAUCAAAUAAAAAACUACAAAAAAUCAUAACUCUACAUUUUAAGUCCAAUUGAUAGUUCUAAACCUCAGUAGGUUACUUAAGAGCAAAAUAAUUCAAAAUCAGUACGAGAAAAGAGUGCACUAUAAAUAUGUAUAAUAUACAUAUAUAUAUUUAUGUAUGUGUGUGUAAAUUCAGCUAAACUGCAAAAGAAAUUAACUGCUAGAAAUAACCUUGUUGCGAAUUUACAUUUCCGGUUUUUAUUAACUUUGUACUAUACUUAUGGCAAGUGCUUAAGUUUAUACAAUAUAAGUACUAUAUAAUAUUAUGCCCUCUAUCAAAUCAGUUAUAGAAUAUUAAAAUCACGAUCAAAUGGAAUACAUGUUUUUCAUAGAGGUCGCUCUAAGUUCUGCUACUUUCUCAGUUAGAAAUUGUAAAGUUUUAUUAACCAAAUUUGUAAUUCAAUUAUUUCAUUAUUUAAACUUAAUGAAAAUUUGGUUGCUACUAAACGAGCAGUUCAUUCCAUAUAAGUCUCAAAAAUUAUAAAAUCCUAAUAAGAGAACGCUGAUCUUCAUGAGAGUGUUAAGGAAGAUUAGGGAAUGAAGCCAUUAAAAAUUCUCUAGAUCUAAUAGGCACUGAGAAAUGAAUUACGUUUUAUGAAAUUGGGUUGUACCCUGUUCAGUUAUAGGCGUGGAUUGGUUGUAUAUUUGAAAAGUUGUGCAAAAUGCCAAAUAAUCAGAAAAAAUUAACACGUGACCAAAAAAUUCACUUCCGAAAAGUUAUUUUCUCGGUAAAUAGCAGCUAUAAUUAUUCUUUUUUUUUAUUAAAAAUACGAGAAUAGUGAGGUUUUGGAGCAUAUAAAGGGAUCAGAUUGUCCACGAAGGUCAACUGAGAGAAUAGAAAAAUUACUGUGGCGGAAAACUUUAAGCGACCGCCUUAAAAGUGAACUUUCUAGUAGGGCAAAAAUGUAAAAUCUAAACCAAGUGGGUCUAAAGUGCGAAACCAUGUGCCAACGGCUUAGAGAUGAGGCUUUGUAUGGAAAACGCCCUACUAAAAAGCCACUAUUCAGAGAAAAAAUGAAGGCUGAAUGGCGUUCCGAGUCAAAAAGUACCAAAAUUGGGAUCAAAAUGAUUGCUAACUGUUUAGAUGGUCUAAUUUGCUAAGCUCACAAAAUUUGCUUUACAUGCGCCGUUUAGGUAGUUAGCGGUUUCCUCAAAGACAAAUUAUUUAGGGCUACUUUUCAUACCAUGUUUUGGGACCUCUACACCUUGUUGAUGGGAUAACUAAUGUAUACAAAUUUGCGACAGAAGUUAAGAACUUUUUAGUACCAGCAAUUGAAGAGCAUUAUCAUUAAACGGAUCGCCUUAUCUUCCAGGGUAACUCUGGAAGUGGCUAAGUUUUGACUAGAAACAAAUCAUGUAUAAAAUAUCUAUACAACUUUGGUGUAUAUGAUCUCGUUCAAAUCGAAGUUUUAUUUUUAGUUGGCCAAUACUUUUAACUAUGCAACUAACUAUAAAUGCUUGGAUUAUCCUGGAAACUAUUUAACACUUCUGACAUAUAAUAAAGUUUGAAGUUACUAAAAGAAGCUAACAAAUACAAUUUGAUACUGAUUUUAGAACUGAUUUGGUAUGGCACCGUUAUAAAUAAAUCAAUUGAGGUCCUAGUGAGUUUCAUGCUUCCAAAAAUUAAGACAGUUAUUGAGUCUAAAAGAAGAAUGACUCGUUAUUAGUAGAGCCUAUUGUGAAUUCCAUAUUUCUACCGUUAGUGGAGAAUAUGAUUUAGUCGCUUUAAACUAACUUCAUAUUGCUUUCUUUUAAUUAAUGAUUAUGAAUUAAUGAAUAUCAUGGAAUGUACAUUUUUCUAAUUUUGUUUAAUUAAUUGGUUAUUCCUUAUAAAAGCCAUUUUGGAAAAAAAUUUUGUGGAUGACUAAUUAACACUAUGUGGCCAAGCCAAUAAAAAUGGGAAUUUAUAAACUAGUUGCUCAUGUGAUCUUAUCUCUAUUUUAUUUGGUAAUGCGUAAGGCUUUAUGGGAGUAUACCAAAUUCGGAAGUCACAGCGACCAAAAUUCUGAAUUUUAUUUUCCGACCUUGUUUUAGAGGAAAACCAGGCAGAUUCGCAAUAUUUAUUCGGCUGUUCCAUUUUAUUUUUCCAACUGUAUACUAUUUCCACGUUGACUGGUUACCGAACUAGUCCCCUUUUUUGUUUAUACUAUAUUAGUCCGACGUAUUUUGGUGAGAUGCAUUUCUCAUUAAAUGAAAAAAGGUUUCCAUGCUUGAACUUGAUUUACGAAAAGUGACCCGCUUCUUGAUGUGAAAAGAUAGUGUGCAAAUUUUAGAUCGAUUUCUCAGAAUAACAUGGCUAAGUCGACUCAGCUCAACAUGCUAAUAAUUUAUACACGUAUCGAUUUUAUAGGGUCUCCGACAUUUUCUUGUAGGUUUUACGAACUUCAUGGCAGACUUAAUAUUAGAGUAUAUAGAAAGAUAUAUAAAAACAAUAUAGUAAAGAUUUAAAAGAGCCAAGUUUCCCUUCCGAUUUCGAAUGCUUUGACUAUUUAGAUUUACUAAGUCAAUUCAACCAUUAUUGAAUAUAUAUUUUGCAAAAGAUACACACUAUGAAUGAUAUGUUUUAUGGAAGUAAGAAUUGUAACCCCUUGACAGUAUUAUUAUAUAUAUGUAUGUUAUUGGACCUAAUUGGGAGACUAUUUAUUCCCUCAAGAUCAUAUUCUCCUGAAUUGUUAUAGCAAUCUCAAUUGUCUAAUAUCUAGAAUAUCU